CGAUACUACCUACGUUUCAAUCGCUUUGAAAAAUCUCGCAGCGUGAGCGUAUCGCGAACCCGAGACAACCCGCUCAAGCCUCUCUCGUACCUUCCGUACCACCAUACUAAAAGCAUUUCACCAACCAUCAGCAUACAAUAUGGAAACCUCGUGCCACCAUAUGCAGCGUAUGCCCGCCCCCUGGACCCUCCGCGCAGAAUCCUACCUCCUCUUUCUGAAGCUCAGUUCCCUCCCUGAGGGCCUCUACGACCCUCUCAAAUCCGCAUGGACCGACGAGUCUCUAGGCUCCUUCACCGGCGGUCUCGGCGCCAUAAUGAUAGUCCGCUACACAUCCACGCCCGUCGGCCCCUACGACGAACUCAUGCUGAUUCCAGGCAACUUCAGCGUGCCUCGCCCAUCCACUGGUCCGCCCCAGAUUCCCAAGAAGGCACUGCGUAUAGCGCGGAUAUACGUGAGCCAGCGCGCGACAAUGUAUAAUGGCCGCUUGAACUGGAAUAUCCCGAAGCACCUUGCGAGAUUCGAGUUUUCAGCGCCAGUGACAGGGGAGGGUGCGAGUCCACCGGAGAAACUGACGGUGAAGGUGUUUGCGCCGGGAACGGUGGAGGGUGAUAGUACGGCGCCUUUUUUUGCAUGUAGGCUGACGCCCUGGAGAUGGGUACCGCCGGUGCCGGUUAAUAUGAAGUAUGUGCCGCUGAAGAUGGUACAUGUGCAGCCGCCGAUUCCUGAGCCGGCCGGGCAUAGGCGUGCGGUGCAGGCUGAGCUAGAUGAUGGCGUGGAGAUUGAUCCAUAUGAUGUCAGCGCGAAGAAUGAGGUUGCGGUUGCUGCGGGGACUGAUCGGUGGUGCUCGUUUGAUAUUGGGGGGAAGGUGGUGAGGGCUCGCGGAUGCUGGGUGGAGAUGUUGCGGAGUGAGACUAGGGGCGAGGAAGAAGGGAUGCACUUUCCGCAGGAACUCAAGCCGUGGAGUGUGGGAGGGUGGAUGGAAGAUGCCAUUCUGGAUAUUGGGAAGCCUCUCGAGUGGAGGUUGUAAAGCCAAGUUCACCUAGUUAUGAAUAUGGUGGCAGUACCGUACGUGCGGAUGGU